AGUAUCCAAUAAAAUGACAACUUUGCGAAGAUUUCGUGUUUAUCAAACUGUCAGAUUCUAGAAUCAAAACUUGAUCAAAACAAUCUUAAUUUUUAUAUGUAUUUCUAAGUUUAAUGAACAAACAUUAAACUACAAUAAUGCUCACGUUGUGGAACCUAUUCGAAGCUUCUUUGCUGUGCCUAAAUGCUGUCUGCGUACUCCAUGAAGAAAGAUUUAUGCAAAAGAUGGGAUGGGGUGCUAAUAACCGAAAUCAAGGGUUUGAAGACCAAUCAUCAAUAAAAUUCCAAAUUUUAAACUUAGUUAGAUCAAUAAGGACAGUGACAAGAAUUCCACUCAUUAUACUGAAUAUUUUAACAAUAAUAUUUAAAUUAUUAUUAGGGUAACAGAGUCUUUAUAACACAUGAAGCUAUCCAUAUGAUAAAGUGUAAGAUGUGAAGGAACUUACUUUUAAUUUGUUUAUAAAAGAAUUUGUCAACAU